UCUAGAUCACUGAUUUUGCCAUACCAGUGAUAGUCAUUAUGGUCGAGACAGUUCAAAUGAAACAUAUUAAAUUUAUAAAACUAAUGAAAUACAGGUGUUUGUACGACAGCGUAAAUUAGCGUAGAUAAUCAGGUGUCUCGGACCACCAGUGUCCGAAAAGCAAGUAUUUAUCAGCCCCGCGUUAGCCCGACAUAGCGGACAUAUGAUAGAAUAUAUUCCAACCAAGACAAUUCGGUUCUUUCUGUAGGAUUAUAUCCAGCUACACAUAAUCAACUAAUAACGCCUCUAUUACAAGACUGGACGGUGUGGUUUGAGGGUCACAAUUUAUUGGAAGUUGUCUAAGCACAUAGGACCGUUUCUUUACUCUUUCAUUGCUGUUUAACCCAAGAACACAUCUUGGUCAUACUGCAUUAAAAUUUUAUUAAUUCAUUUUACUUUUUAUCUGUUGUACGGUGCUCGCCAAACUCAGCUGAACGAUUACGAAACUUUGGUUACCAAUAAAUCUCUAUAUUUUCCCAUCUUCUUGUUUAUAAAUGUCUUUCUUAAUUUUCUUUCUUCCGUUCACCAAUUCCUCUGCAACUAUUUCCGGCCAAGUUUUUCCUCUCAUGUUAAUCGACUUUAUCAACGAUAUAUAAAUGAAAAAGAAGGUACCACCUCUCACUGACAUUAAAAGUUACUUACAUCAUCGAUGCUUAUCUUUUUGAGACAGUGGAAAAUGUUAUACAGAACAAAUGUAACCAGGUUUCAUAUAAACCCGGUGAAUUAAGGUGAAAUGUUUCCUCUGGAUGAGAUUAUUAGCAACAUUUGUGUAUGUCGCUGUCUAGAAUGAGCAGGAGAUAAUUUUGUGUUUUAAGUAGACUUAAAUAUAUUUACAAAGGACUUUGCUGCAUUGAUCACAGUUGAUGGACAUAUAGCAUAUUUGUUAGAAAUAAAUUAUAAAAAAGAAAAUAUGAAACAUGUAUUGUAGAGAGAAGAAAAAUGAUGAUGAAAUGAGUUAAAAAAUGGAUUUUUUUUUAAUCCUUAAGAGAUGGCAAAAAAUUUAAGAAAGUCUUUAUAUAUAUGUGAUAUCUGUAACAAGUCAUUCACUAAACAAUAUCAUCUAACUACUCAUAUACGUAUUCAUACAGGAGAGAGACCUUAUCACUGUGAUAUCUGUGGGAAAUCAUUCAGUCAAAGUGGUGAGUUAACUAUUCACAAACGUGUCCAUACAGGAGAGAAGCCAUAUCAUUGUGAUAUCUGUGGUCAGUCGUUCAUUCGUAAAGAUAUUUUAACUACACACAGACGUAUUCACACAGGAGAGAAACCAUAUCAGUGUGAUAUGUGCAGUAAAUCAUUCGCUAAAAGUACUAACUUAACUGAUCACAAACGCAUUCAUACUGGAGAAAAACCUUAUCAUUGUGAUAUCUGUGGUAAAUCAUUCAAUCAAAAUAACCAGUUAAUUAAACACAAACGUAUUCAUACAGGAGAAAAGCCCUAUCACUGUGAUAUCUGUGACAAAUCAUUCUCUCGAAAUGAUGAGUUAAUUGCUCACAAACAUGUUCAUACAGGAGAGAGACCAUAUCAGUGUGAUUUCUGUGGUAAGUCAUUCCCUCGAAAUGGUCAGUUAACUGCACACAAACGCAUUCAUACUGGAGAAAAACGAUUUCAUUGUGAUAUCUGUGGUAAAGCUUUCAAUCAAAGUAAUGUUUUAAAGGGACACAAACGAACUCAUUCUGGGAAAAAAACAUUGAUAACAAUUGAUAUAAGUGGUAAGUCCUUUUCUCAAUAAUAAGUCAACUAAGCACAAGAGUAAUGGCAUGAAGAAAACUAUAUAACUAGUAUUUGUUUAAACCAUUCUCUUAGUAUUUAACUAUUCACAUCUGUAUUGCAUGAAAGAAACCAACUCAGUGACAUUUGUGGUUUUUCUUUCUAUAUAUAUGCAUGUUCAUACCAAAGCAUGACAACUAAACAAUUCUUUCUGGUAUAGGAAUAAGCUCUGAAAGUUUUGUGGGGCGAGUUGAUGAUAUAAACUUCAGUGUUCAACUGGUACUUAUUUUAUCAACCUCGAAAGGAUGAGAAACAAAGUCACUCUUGGUGAAUUUUGAACUCAGAACAUGGACGAAAUGACAACUAAAUAAUAAUGAAUCAAUGAACCAAAAUAUUUCAUCAUACUGUAAUCGUAUCCAUGAUGUGGUGAAUAUAUCGUCGGCUAAAUUACACAAAAAUGAACAUAACACUGACAUCUCAUUUUAACAGAUAUAUUUACCAAAAUUACACAAAAAUAUCUUGAAAUACUAAAGAGUAAAUUUAUUUAAUAAAGUCGCCUUUGGCUUCAGCCAUGGCCUCCGGACGACUUUGGAAUCUCCUGCAACUCUUCUGGAUGGUCUCCUUGUUUAAGUUGGUGAUGCUGCCAUAAUCAUUGCCUUCAGUUCAUCUUUGGGGUUGCAAGGAGUUGUGUUGGUCUCUCAUUCAACCAUGCACCACACAUAAUCAAGGGGGUUGCAGUCUGACAGCCAUGACUGGGUUUUCUGCUUGUGUAGCAUGGUGUGGAGUGCUGUUGCCAGACAUAAGGUUUUUCCAGCAGCUGACCUCUUGACCUAGAACAGCACUACCUCCUCCAGGCACUUAAUGUAGGCUUCCAUGUUGAAUCUAAGGCUGUGUGGGAAGUUGAAUGGAGGCAUAACGUUGUCGUCACUAGUGAUCACUCCAAAUACCAUCAUGUUGACUGGAUGUGAUUUUAUCAUUCUCAGUACACGUCUUCAGAUUGACACCCAAACACUCUGAAAUGUUAGUAUUGGAGCUUUUGGCACAAAUGCCAAACAGUACAGCAUGUCGUUUCGAAAUUUCUAGCAGAAUGAAUUUCAUCAUGGCACUAUUUUUCUCACAGGCUGUGCCCAACUGACCCUACUAUACUGUAUAAUUGACAAAAUCUCAAGAAAACAAUGCAUGAAAUUAAAAAUAUAAAAUGGCAACAACUUACCCAUUCCACCCUGCACAUUUUGAUGGUAAAUUCAUAUUUUAUGUGUGUUAUGUAUUUUCUUGUUUUUUUAUAUAUAAUAUUUAUUUCAUUAAGGGACUAGUUCUGUUAGUAACAUUUUUAAUUUUUUUCCUGGCAUGGUUCCUUCAUGACUUUAAAGUGAAACUUAAUUUUCAUUCUUGUCACCAUGGUCUUUACAUAAAAGCAAAAAUUGCUGGAGUAAUUUUUUUGAUUAUCAUUGUCCAUGUUUUUAUGUUGGAAUGUGUUGGAGCAUAUUUUCUCAAACAUUUUGUCAUUCCAAACUGUAAAUCUCAGAAUCCAGGGUUCUUAAUGCACCAAUCAUCAUCAUCAUCAUCGUUUAACGUCCGCUUUCCAUGCUAGCAUGGGUUGGACAGUUCAACUGGGGUCUGGCAAGCCCGAAGGCUGCACCAGGCCAGUCAGAUCUGGCAGUGUUUCUACAGCUGGAUGCCCUUCCUAACACCAACCACUCCGAGAGUGUAGUGGGUGAUUUUAUGUGCCACCGACACAGGUGCCAGACGAGGCUGGCAGACGGCCAAUCUUUGUAAAUAUUCAUAACAAUUUGAAAUCUAAAUAAAGUUGGUUUGCUCUUA